AUGGAAUCACCAAUAGCCGAGAGAGAAGUGCGUUUGUUCCCCCUUCUCCUGAUACAACCAGGACAACCCCCCCCCCCUACUCGAAAUACUACUUCUGACUCUAACCCCAAUGCUUAUACUAUAACUACUGUUCCUUUCAAACUUAAUAACAUUGAGUAUCCUUAUGAGAAUAAUUUUUGUAUUGUUCAUCUUUUCCCACAAUCUUUAAUCUUAGAGGGGGAAAAAGUUGAGGUUAUUACUAUUACCGGAGACACUAUUUACCUUACCGAUAUUCAGUUUGAAAAUCACGAAAAAGCCACUAUUGAGGAGGGAGAACUAUUUAUGACCUCAAAAAUGUUUGGGGAAGUAAAAAUUAACUCUACCUCUCCACUACCUAAUUCCCCUUCCAACCCCACUUCUCAGCCCUCUCAUUAUCCGGAAGUUCAGCAAAAAAACCAGGAAUUGAACCGAGAAGGAGAUAAUUUUGAUCUCUUGGUGGAAGAAUUAUUAAAAAUAAUUGAAAAAAACCAAAAAAUUUGUCAAGCGGCUCAAAACCACGGACUAAAUUUACCUAAACUUCCAGCCGAUACCUUGGAAUUUUUUGAAACUGAUUCUUUUCAAUUAUUAGAUGACACUCAACCGCUCAGCAGUUCCCAUAAUAGUCAAAUUAACACUGAGAAUGAACAAAUUAGACAAAAAAAACUGAAUAUUAAGAAAAAUAUUUACAGAAUAUAUGAGAAUAACCAAAAGAAACUCGCGGAGGCUAAAACUGGAAAAACUCCUCCAAAAAAUGAAUUAGAGAAAUUGAAAGAAGAAGUUAAAGGAAAGAUAAAUAAAGUUUUAACUGACAAGGAUAAUUUACGGAAUAUUAACUUAACUACUUUGGAAAAUGGUAAAUAUCAGAACUGGGAAAAGGAUAUCGAACAAUUAACCUCCUCCGGGCAAUUAAUAACUUAUGUAGAGGCUUUUUUGAAAGAAGAUAAUGUAAUUGAUGAUAACACCAAAAAAGCAAUUAAUAAUUUGCCUUUGGCCGCGGCCAAAAAUCUCGCCAAAAAAAAAUGCAAUAAUCCGGAAGAAAUUAUGACCUUUUUGAAAAAACUAGAACAAGAAAUUAUCCAACAAAGUUUAAGUCAAGAAUUACAAAAAUUUUUCACUGAUUUCGAAGACUUGGUUCGGUGCUUAGCACUAAGAGGAGUAAGUAAAGAACAGUUACUAGUUAUUAAAGAAAAACUAAUUAAACGAAAAGAAUUAAUUGGAGUAAUUAACCAACUAGGACAAAAAAGAAAUGAAUUAAGUCAAGCCGGGAUAAAAAACCGGGAAAAAGUUAAGAAAAUUAAUGAAGAAAUUAGUCUUCACGAACGAGAAUUAAAUGAAUUAGAGGCAGAAUUGCAUGAAUUAACUAGUCAAUUGCCUAACCUUCCUGCUCCUGAUAUUCCUACUAAUAAGGAGGGUAACAAAGUUAUUGACAAUACUGAAUAUAAACACCAUCUCAAGCACAAUUUAACUCAUGAGGUAAUACUAAAAAAGUUAAAGCUAAUUGAUGAAGAAAAAAGUAUUCUUCUUUCUGGAAGUAAAUUUGCGGUCUAUCAAGGAUUAGGGAGCGAAUUAUUACACGCUCUAAUUAAUUUUAUGAGGUCUGAAAAUAGCAAACGCGGUUAUCGUUUAUUCGAUACUCCCUAUUUA